AUGCGAUCACAUUCCGUAAUCGUGCGGUUCCUGAAAAACCCCGAAAAUGGCCGGCGCACAGACAAACGUGGGACGAAAAGCAAGCUCACGGAGAGGGAUAAGCGACGGAUUUAUAGAGAAGCAGUGAACCAGAAAAGAACAGCAUCACAAAUUCGAGCAGAAUUACAACUUCCGGUGACAACAAGACGUGUGCAGCAAAUCCUGUCGAGCAACGAAAACUUGAAGUGGCACAAAAGGCUCGGCAAGCCCAACUUGACAAAGCAGCAUAAGCUGCAUCGAUUUCAUUUCGCUGAAAAGUAUAUUUCCUGGACGGACGAAUGGAAAAAUGUGAUCUUUUCGGACGAAAAAAAGUUCAACCUUGAUGGUCCAGAUGGUUGGCAAUGCUACUGGCACGAUCUCCGGAAAGAUCCGGAUGUUAAAAUGAGCCGGAACUUUGGUGGUGGUACUCUGAUGGUUUGGGGAGCUUUCUCAUUCCGGGGAAAGCUUCCAUUGGCGUGGAUCUCAACAAAAAUGAAGUCGGAGGAUUACAUUGAAAUGCUGGAAAUAAGCCUAAUUGAGCACGGCGAGAUUCUCGUCUCAUUCCAGCUCUUACAAAAUCUCGGCAAAGUAGACCGAACCGCAGACGAAAUCUUCGACGAGCACCUGAACAACUUCACCAGGCAGCAGAACAGUGCCACCAGACUGCAGAAAGAGUUCAACAACUACAUCCGAUGUGUGCGAGCUGUCCAAACCGCAUCCAAGAGCCUCAUGGAAGCCAUAAACGAAGUAUACGAAGGCCAGUGGACCGGAUCAGAGGCACUGUACGCUCAGACGAACACCGUCGAGGUGCUAUUCCAGGAUUUCUCGCACAAACUCGGUGACCAGGUGCUGAUACCGCUCAACACCUACACGUCCCAGUUUCCAGAGAUGAGGAAAAAAAUCGACAAACGAGGUCGCAAACUGGUGGACUACGACAGCCAAAGGCACUCCUUCCAAAGCCUGCAAGCCAAUGCUGCCAAACGCAAGGAUGACGUUAAGGUUACAAAGGGCCGGGAACAGUUGGAGGAAGCGAAACGCACCUACGAGGUGCUAAACAGCGAACUGCACGAUGAACUGCCAGCCCUGUUCGACUCGAGAAUACUGUUCCUGGUGACGAAUCUGCAGACCCUGUUCGCCUCCGAGCAGCAGUUCCACAGCGAAACGGCCAAAGUGUACGCCGAACUGGAAGCGAUCGUCGACAAACUGGCCACCGAAUCACAGCGAGGCUCGUACACGCUCAAGAAGAUCACCGCUAACUCCACUCCGUCCAGCCCACCACAGUCCCCAGUGAAAGCGAACUUGUCGAUUGUUAAUAACAUCACCAACGGAUCUGUCAAUGCCAACGGACCCACAUCCACUUCGCCCUCAAUCUCGCCAAGUCCCGAGCAGCCUCAUAGCCUGGAAGAUACGGAACCAUCCUAUCAAAACACGGACGUCGUGAAAUCUACCAGCGCUGCUUUACGAUCAUCUACCACAACUCCCCCCAUCGCCAUUAAUAACAGCAGCAACAAUACUGAUGCUACAUCGCAGCAAACCACAGCAACGGUUUCUAAAACGCCUGAGCCGCCUACUACUAUUACUACUACUACCAGCAAGAGCGACGAAAAAGUAACCACAAAUGGUACGGAUCAUAACCACCAUGAUCACCAUCCAAGCAGCCCAACGCAAAAUAACAAGCCUGACGCUGCCGCAGCCGAUUCCACCAGUUCUAGUCCUGUCCCUCCGGCAUCGCCACCGCCUGCUGUUGACCCUCAGCCUAAAUCGCCGCCAUCGCCAUCACCCACAACAACAACGCCUACUACUGCUGGCGCUGCCGUUUCGCAAUCAAGUAAUACUAAUAAUCACCAUCAUUCGAUAGCCCCAUCAUCUCACCACCCCCAUUACCACCAUAACCAACAACAACAACCCAAUUCCAUCGCCACCCACCAUCAUCACCAAUCGAACGCGAUCGGUCCUUCGUCCCUUCCAACGAAUUGCUCAACGACGGAACUACAACGCCCAACAACAGCAACAACAACGUUUGGCGCCCAACAUAUCUACAGCAAUAUCCCUAACAACAACUCCACCGGCAUCGACAGCACUAGCCAUAACCAGAUGAAUAGCAUUAACAAUAACGUUAACAACAGCCAUUGUUCCAUGACCGGUACUAGCAUUACUCACCCCAACAAUAAUAGUAAACUGGAAGAGCUCUAUGAUAUCCCAGUGG